CUUCUCUCACACUUCUCUCUCUUCUUCGCUCGUUGAAGACGGAACGUGAACUCUAGGAACGACUCGAGAAUAUCUAGAGCUGGAGAAACAAAAACACACAGAAUACAUUGCAUUGGAAAAGCAGAAGUACACCAAUGAGAUAAUGAAGAUGGAUACUACUACUAUGGAUGAAACAAGAGCAGCAUACUACAAGAAGCUUCAACAAGAUAUCCUUAAUGGUCUGAUGCGCCAUGGGAUCAUUCACAUCAGUUUUGAGCAAUGUGAGAGAUGCAUUUGGGGCUGCAGAGCCAUCCACACAACCAGCCGAAAUCUUUUGGACAAGGAAGACGACCAUGACGCAAAGAAGCCAUGAAAACAUGACAACUCUAUCUUCUAAUCCAAAAAACAUCUCUCUCCUCCCCCCUCUCUCUAUCUCUCUCUUUUUAUGUGAUUUGCAAUGUACAACUAAUGCUGUCGGGAGAUGGAGUAGCUGAGUUAUCGACUUUAUUUAUAGAUGGCUAGAAAAGUAGAGUAGAGGGUUUGGUUUAGCAAGGUUAGUAAAAGAUACUCCCUUUG